UCCUCAUUCGCACAAAUCCUUUCUCUUUCUAACUCGAUCUGACCCUCUCUCUCUCUUCGCCGAGCUGCCUGUGCGCCUGCUAUUCUCUUCCUGCUUCUUCAUGAUGUCUACCAAAUCUGGCUCGGGCGCACCCUCCACCAGCCCGGCGAUGGAGAAGCCAUCGAAGCCCGACGUUUUACAGGAAUUGGAGGGACACUUCUCUCCUGAUCCGCUACGCGAGAAGGGCGCCUGGACCCCUCGCACCAGAUCUCAGGCGUCUAGCAAGAGCGAUGCCCCCUCGACCACAACGCCACUCAGCUCUCAGACGACGUCUGCACGUGAUACUGCCGACAAGGGCGCGGCGGCGCCUAUCUCCAACCCCCUUGAAAACCCUGCUAGAGACGCGGCGGUGCCUUCGAAUCCCCAACCGAGUAAGUGAUUUUUUUAGGGCCGGUGCUUUUAGACUAUAGGGCUCAGAAUUGAUACCUCCCUUUGCGUCGACCCUUAUAGGCGCCUCGCCUGGCUCAUCGCGUUCUUCCGGACCGACAGUGUCUCCCCCAUCUUCGGACUCGGACGCCGAGGAGGGUGAUUCCAUUAAACUACGGAGAUGGGU